GAAUCGUUAUUAAAUACCGAGAAACUCCCAUAGUCAAAGCCAACAACCGGGACCUCACCUACAUUCUCCUGGUCUCCCUCCUGCUUUCCUUCUUGACUUCCCUGCUGUUCAUCGGUCGCCCCAAGAAAGUGACCUGCCUCCUCCAAGUCACCUUCAGUGUUGUUUUCUCAGUUGCUGUAUCCUGCUUGCUGGCCAAGACUGUCAUGGUGGUGGUAGCCUUUCUGGCCACAAAGCCAGGCAGCAGGAUGAGGAAAUGGCUGGGAAAGAGUCUGGCCAACUCCAUUGUCUUGUCCUGCUCUGGGAUUCAGGUGGGCAUCUGCAUCAUAUGGCUGGGAAUCUCUCCCCCAUUUCCAGAUGCCAACCUAUAUUCCCACCCAGGACAGAUCCUGCUGCAAUGCAGUGAAGGCUCGGUCACCAUGUUCUACACUGUCCUCAGCUACAUGGGGUUUCUGGCCUCCACUUGUUUCUUGGUGGCUUUCCUGGCCCGCAAACUGCCAGGGACGUUUAAUGAAGCCAAGUUGAUCACCUUCAGCAUGUUGGUUUUCU